CUUCUCGAGCUCAAUGACGCCGGGUUGACACAAGACUUGCAGUUUGUUGGAUGAUGCCUCAAGAAAAUGGACCCAUACAGAGCUCGAUUGCUGUCGAUCUCAAACGAUAUCACAGAAAAAGAAUUUAAAGACUUAAAAUUCCUCUGUAAAGGACAUUUACCAAGUGGGAUUUUAGAAAAAGCGAAUCGUCCUGUCGAGUUGCUCGAACUCCUCGAGCAGAACGGCCUCCUUGGACCCAAGAACAACGAAUACUUGGGCGCUUUACUUGAUAAAAUUAAUCGUAAUGACUUGACAGGCUUGCUGAUAGGAGAAAAAGGAACUGACAAGACGACAGACAGGACCCUAGUAACAAUACAGGAUACUCUGCGAGACCACUACAAGAACGUGAUUGGAUGGCUGCAGCCACUUACAUGGAAUAGCACAUUCAGAAUUCACAUCAAACAGAUUUUCACUAAUCUAGAGUUAAUAAAACACAACCAACAUGGGGCCCAUGGCAAUAGACAACCCAUGUCCAGCUAUGAAGACAUGUUCCAACCCAAAAUCAAAAGGAUCCUAAUUGAGGGUAAAGCAGGUGUUGGGAAGAGCACACUUGCCUCGGAAAUGGUCUAUGACUGGGCAACUCAAGUAAAUAACUCUAGUUUCAAGUUGGUAUUUCUGAUUGAACUAAGACAGGUCAAUAAGGGAAUCAAGGAAGCUAUGUUUGAUCUGAUGUUCCCACGAGACUUUGAGGUUACCCCUGACCAACUGUACGAUUAUGUCACUCAUCAUCAGGAUGAAGUUCUCUUUAUCCUGGAUGGGUAUGAUGAGAUCAACCCAUCUCUGAUCCCUGACCUCCAUGAUCUUAURAUGGGAAAAUUUUUGAAGAAUUCCACUGUAGUGGUGACUACAAGACCAGAAAAGGGCUCCAAAUUACACUGGUAUGUGGACAUCAGGGUUGAGGUGACAGGCUUUACUGCAGAAAACAUGUAUCAGUUCAUUCAUAGAUACUUCAAAGAAGAUACAGUGAGUGCAGAAUCCUUGAUCAGUGACCUCGAGAUGAACCCCGUUGCUGAGAAUAUCGCUCGGCUUCCUUUAACUGCCUUACUGAUCUGUGCUAUGUGGGAGGAGAUGCCUCAUGUCCAGGUGCUGUCAACAAUGACUGGACUGUUUGUGGAGUUAACUCUGUGUUUAGUCAAGCGAUAUUAUUCCAAAGAAAAGAAGGAAAAUGAGUGCGACCCUGAAGAUAUCAGUACACUGGAAGACAUCCCACCAAAUCUCUACCAAAGCUUUCUCACCCUUGGGGAAAUUGCCAUCAAUGGGCUGCUUGAAGACCAGGUUAUUUUUGACCGCAAGUUACUGGAAGACAAGUGUGGUAGUCGGGAAAUAUUUGAGUUGGGUUUUUUAAGUCUGGAAAGAAGCGCUUCAAGGCUUCGACCAAAACAACUCUGUCGGUUCUUGCAUCGUUCGUAUCAAGAGUUCUUGGCUUCGUUGUGGUUGAGCGACCGAAUCAAGAAAUCGUUUUUUGACCCCAUCAUUUACGAGGAGACCGUGGUGCAUGUCAUGAAGUGUGUGACUGCUGAGUUGAUGACAGUUCUGUUCUCAUUCACUCCUGGUCUUUUGGGUAACGCCUUUGAGAAGUUUUUUGAGAUUCUCAUCUCUGAGGGCGGUCAGAAUGCAAUAGAGGAAGACAUGAAACAGUUGUUCUUUUUAGUUUGUGUGCAAGCUUUAUACGAAUCACAGCAAGGUAGUCUCGCCCCCAUGCUUGAUCAGAGUGUAGUUAAAGGAACUAUAAAGCUCAAGACAACGGAGCCAACUCCUUAUGGAAUACGCUCACUCGCAUACUUCAUGCAGAACAGUCUAGAUGUUCACACUCUUAUUUUUGAAGACAGCUUCCUGUCCAAAAGAAAUCUAGCUACGCUUGCAAGAAGUUUGUUUGACAUAAAAAAUCUUAAACAACUUCAUUUAAUUAACAGCUUUGCCACUAGUGAUGCCAUGAAAGUGUUCACAGAUAAUCUCAGUGAAAGGCUUCCCCUGGAAAAACUACUCGUAUCAAGAUCUAAGCUGCUCGUCAAAGACCUUCCCGAGGUAGUGCACUGUUGCUCCAAGCUACACGACAUUGAGAUGAAUUACAACGAGCUGUCGGAAGAGAAUUUCGGGAGUUUGCUUCAGGCCUUGAAGGCUGUUCCAUACCUGACAAGAAUUUGUAUAUCUAGAGAAAAGAUUUAUCAUGGGAAUGUGCCAUACUUGUGCUCCUUGUUGAGAGGUAAUUCUCACCUCACUCAUCUAGAACUGAACAAGUGCGUCUUCUACAGCAUCGAUGAUGUUGUUUUAAUCUUGAAUUCUCUGCAACAUGUUUUCAGUAAGUUGACUUGUUUGAYUUUGAGUGGGGCGAUAGUCGGAAACAAGCGCAAAGUCGACCUAGAAAGAGAGCCCAUUUACAAUGUCCUUGCAGAGGUACUACCAAGUUUUGAAAGUUUGACUCAUCUGGAUUUAUCGAGAAACGAACUCACUAAAUGGACUGAUCUUCAACAGUGUCUAGGAGAUUUAACACUGCUACGCUUCCUCAACAUAUCCGGUAACCGUAUAGCAGACACCGGUGUGGCAAAACUUGCUAAUGUCUUAUGCAACCUCCGUCAGUUAGAGGAGUUGCACUUAGCUUGGAAUGAGAUCACUUGUGAAGGUGCAGUGUCGUUGGCGGCAAACCUUAAAUUCUCGACAAACUUAACUGUCUUGUCACUGAAGUCCAACAAGAUUUCUGAUAAGGGAGCCAGUGAGGUGUUCGAAGCUCUGUCUAGCAUUUCCUCCAUCAGGGAGAUUUUAUUCGAUAACAAUUUGAUAUCAACAGUCGCCAUCAUCUCUCUGCUACAGCACUCGGUCAACAUGAGGAACCUGGAGUGUCUCAACUUCAAGCAAAACCUGUUGGACGAGUUAGGAGUUUUGACGCUGGUUGAAACUUUGGGUUCCUUGCCGAAGCUCAAACAGAUUCUGAUUGGGUGUCCUGUAGUUCGCAAUGACUCAGUGAAUGAGGAUGAAGCAAUGGCUUCUGCAUCUCGAGUAGAAAACCCACCAGCUACUAAUCUGAAGGAAGCAGAAUCGCCAGAUGACAGCUUUACGGAAAACAAGAAAGAACCUCGUGGGGCGCACGACAUGUACUGCUACAAAACACUAUCGAGUGACGUGUUUCUCUGUCUAAUGCAUGCGGCACACUCACAUCCCUCCCUGGAAGAGAUUUACUUGAGCAUGAAUGCAGUACCAAAAAACGUUGAUGCAGAAGAUUUCCCCAGGCUAAGGCUGUGGGCUCAUUAUGAGGGAUGAUCUCUUCGUGCUUACUGAAGACCAAGUUUAUGCGUCUAUAAUACACACGAAGAGUCCGACUCCACUGUACGAGCUGUUCCUCUGCUGGUCAGACUGGAUGGUAGCUCAAAGAUUACAGCAUCCAUAAACAAUACAUUGAUCAAAGAUCACAUUAAUGUAAGAUAUCAUAGGCCUUUUCUAAGUUCGAUAAACAGGACUCAUUCUGGUCUAGCUUCGGUACAAACAACACCAUAUAAAGCAUGAUGGACAAAAAAUGUUCGUACCGAAGCUGGACCACCAUGCACCAUGUUCGCUAUCUCAGGUAUUACAGAGUAUUACAGGUUAAAACAAAUGCACUAAAUACCCAGUAUGACGUCAGUCAAAAUCAUAAAUGAAGAAAUAUUUCAUUCAACUAUUCACUUCAUGUAGAUUCAAUAUUAUCGGGCUUUAGGUACACUUUAAACCAUGCUUAGAUGGUGGCCAAACUAGCUGCAUAUUGCAUCCACCAAAAAUUAUAUUGUUAAGAUCACCGGACUCUGUGACAUUUAAUCAACCUCAACGAUAAGACUGAUAUAGUUAUCCUCAGUAUGUGUGGAGAAAAGCUAUAUCUCAGCCAUAAAGCAAACUGGAACAAAAUCCAAGCGCGAUUCCGUAUCUGUACGUUGUUGGUCAAAAUGAACUAUUUUUUGUCACCCCUUUCAUUGCUCUCUCUCUCUCGUCAAAACGGAAUAUUUUUCAUCGCCACUAAAUCUUAAGAAAUAUUUGUUAAAUGUUUUCCAGGAAUAUUUCGUGCGCCAGUAAAUGAUUGAUUUGUUGCUGUGUGUCCGUCAAAUACAAAAAUUUCACUCAAAACACGCCAUACUGAAUUCAUCGAUGCMAUUUUUUAUUAGGACCAUAUUUGGAAAUUUGCAAACACGAAAAUAACUUUUUCAUAAUAUUUUUUAUAACAUUUCUAUACUACUUAUAAAUAGAAUAUAGCAAAAUAAGUGGGAAGCGUUAAAUGGUCUGAACAAAUUCAAAGACAGAAAAUGUGACUGUAAAAUGGUUUUCUUCGAUCUGAAUCUGUCAAAAGAGAAAAAAUGCUCCCUAUCCAAUCACCAAGCUUGAAGCCAAAAAGCAAACAAAAAACAAACAAACAAAAAAA